CAGGGCAAAAGAUCGGGCCAUAAUCGCUAUGCAAGCAAUUAUGGGUGUGCUACAGCUGCCUUAUAGAAGCCUUACAGCGCUGUUACGGGCACGAAUCGUAACACUCUGGCCCUGCUUCUAUAACGUCCUCGUCUUCUUAACUAAACUUAGUAAUUUUAAAAGACAUAAUUACACUUCUACUUAUAAGAAAUAAAUACAUAAAUAC